GGUGCGUCAAAACGUGUAUUUCCGUAAAACAAGUGGGGGAUCAUUUUUUACCCCAAUGCAAUACCUCCCUUCCUAACGUGCGCGGUGCGGGUGAUAAAAAUUACAGUGCGUAAGACAAAUUCGAGGACAAACAUUAAACUGUUUCUGCAUAAUUUUUCUACUCAAAAGUAUAACAAAUUACCAACCAUAUCGUUAUUGAUUACAAUGUUGAAUGUAGAGUAGGGUAAAACAAUUUAAUUAUUUCGAACGAAUAAAAAUUCCUCUUACGUGAUAGUUUUGUACGUCUGCCUGUCCGUCUGUUCCUCGUAUUACAUGAGAACGAAAAGACACAGCGAUGUCAAACCUUCGCCAAUCGAUUUCUACGAGUUCAAGGAUCAGUGCUAUGGAAUAUGAGUCGGAUUAAAAGUCUGAUUUCCCAAUACGAGCUGAAUAACAAAAAAUUCCCCUACUGAAUCGUAGGUACUUAUGCGAUUCUUCGUAUAUUCAUCAGCAUCACUUUAUGUGCAUAUCUAUUCCAUAACAAGUUAAAAACGUGGUCACUCGCGACCGACGAAAGCGCAUUUUCCCCGCACAGAAUCAGUAAUUGCUCGGGAAGGAAGUGACUAAUCCAAAAAGUCUUUUGUCGUUCUGGUCUCGAGGCUGUGCUACAUCAUAUAAGAAACAAACCACAACGAAAAAGCCUAAAGUGGAGGACUAGUAAUGGUAAAGACGGACAAAGUGCUGACAAUAGCGUUCGUUUUCCUUUUGGAAAAUGCGCUAAAAAGCGGCGAAUGUAAGUGACAAGAUUGUCAUUGAUGUUUUUCCAAAACACACAGCCACCCUGCGGUCUUUGGUUAAUUUAAUCUCUAUAGUCUAUACAAUAUGGGAACUUUAUGGACAUUGAGGUAACUCAAUAAGGUUAUAAAAGGUUUACCUACUUUUGCUUUGUCACCGAACAGCGAUGGGACAGAAAAAGGUGGCUGGUGUUCUGGUCACAAUAAAUGUGAGCUUUCAACAUUUUCAGUUUUCUAAGAUCGAUUAAGUGAUUUCUCACAUCCCAAGGAGGCCCUUUAGUAGCGGCGCCCACGUUCGACAGGGUUAAUUUGGGAUAAUGAAGGUAGCAGAAAUCGUAUACGAGUCUAAAGAUAGGAGGGUAAUGUUCAACCUAUAUAAAAAACAGAGAGCGGUGAUUAACGUAAAGGGUAAGGUCGCAGAGGGGGGUUAGAGAGGGCUGCGCUUUGUCACCGGUAACAUUUAACCUUUACAUAGAGGAAGCCAUAAAUAUAGUAAAGCAGAAUCUAAUUUAGGGGUCAAAGUGCAGGGCGAAACAAUAGGUAUAUACCUACGCUGCGAUAUACGGAUGAUUUUAGCAUAAAGGAAGUGUAGAAACAGGAUUAAUGAUACAGACUACAGCAUGAAAAUUAACUACGAAAAGCAAAAAUAGUGAACUGCGCGAAAAGAGAUGACAGGAAAAAGAUAAAGGUCACACUUUAAAGCAGGGGUACUCAAACUUGAACUGCUGAUGAUCUACCUCAAUGUUGUUAGACUCCGAUCGAUCGACUUUGAGAGGCUGCAAUUAUGUGUGAAUCAGGAUAGCUGUUUACGUAGUUAGUAUAAAAUAAUAUAUAAAUGUGGAAAAUGGCACAGAGAAGAUGGGGUAGAAUGAUAGCGCACGCGCUCAGGCACGAGCGAUUAGUAUAGCUAGCUAUAGAAGUUAGGUGAAAGGGUAAGACAGGUGUAGGACUCCAGAAGCUUAGGUACAUAGACCGAAUAGUUGGGGACGUAGGCAAAGGUAGUACCUAGUUAUGUAGGAAUGAAAUGAUUAGCAUAGGAUAAGAAAGGGUAGAGGACUACGUCCUACCAUUCCUCUGAGUGCGAACCCCGAGAAGAAGAAGAAGGGUGUGAUAAAAGAUUACCACCACCAAAGAAAAGCUAAAACGCAGUGUUGAGCGGAAAAAUUGAUAUCAAUGAUGUUUUGGGAUUGUGGGGGAUUCUAUUGAAGAGUAUAUGAAAAAGCGCAUUAUAAUUAACGGAGAUUUUUAUAAAGCGUCUACUAAAACCUGAAAGCUACAAAGAAAAGACUUUAAAAUAUAUGGCCUAUAAGACCGUACUGGUACGCCACAAGGUACAGGGUGCACAACGCUCAAAAACAUCGAUGAAUGUCACGUCCCGGAAUUAAGAUCUCUCUUUCGUCCGAAUUUAACAUCUUGUGACUACUAUUUUUCCCUAAAUUCAAAAAAACACUUGCAUUGCUGUUAGUGACCAUUUUGAUGAGUUACCAAAUGAAUUGUUUUGAAAGUAUCUGUGUAUUUCAGAAAGGGCGAAAUAAGUGUGUUGAGGUUGAGGAUACAUAUGUGCCUUAAAUUUCUUUUGCUUCAUAUCUAGGUAGAUUACAUGAAAAUGUCCCCUCGUAACUGCACCAAGGAGAGCGGCUCUGAAUUAAUCGAAAACAUCCCCAACAUGCUUUCAUGUCCCAGGUCCAAUCAAUUUAUUAUAAUUUGCAUUUCCAUUUGGCCGGCAACUUCAACUAGUGCAGUGUAAGACAUUUACCUACUAGAUGAAAACAUGCUUAUAGCAGGACGUAUUCUUGUAAUGCACGCAGCAGAUUGUAAUCAUUGUUCACAGUUUAUGUAUCUAAAGAAAACCAUCACUUAUCAUAUUAUACUUUCAGUUACGAAUUUUGACAGAAUUCUCUAGGUAGUGCCGUUGAGUGAAAAGUAAUUUUCACUCAACGGUAGUGCGCAAUGUUGCGGAAAUAGGCAUAAUCAAUCCAUCAAAGCUUCUACACACUUCAUCGAUUACUUUGAUUGUGCCAAUAUUUCAUUGUCGCGUGUGCAGGUAUAAACUACCUACUGUAAGUCGGAAAAUGAGUUGCGCUCUUAAUCCAUCGUCAGACCGCGAUAAAUGAUCUUUGAGGGACUGAGAGCAUCGUUCAAAAAUGAAACGAGUCUAUAGCAUUACAUUUACAUUCGAAUUUUUCAUCACGAAACAGUAUUAGUAGCAUACAUUUGUUAGGAAGUUUGAUAAUAAAGACCCCGCAUAGCUUUUAGGGUCAUUAAAAUUCUAACGAAUUACGGACCCUUGCGAACUUUAAAUGAAGUUUACACGGUGUUUAGUACGAAAACUUGCAUGCUAUAACACUGCGCCUGGCCGAUCAAACAGAAAAAUUAAAUUUCUCCUUCAAAUUUUGUGCGAGCGUCGUUGCUAGGGAAUUCAAAAUUCGUGGGGCGGUUUGUGUAUGGCGCAGGGGUUGCCGCCAAAUCAAUAUACCACGCGCGGCGAAUUUUAUAAUGCUAAUUGCGCAUGUGUGAAGCAUUUUUUUCGUGGAACAAGGGUAUGAAUGGAAUGACAUGCGCCUUUCCAUGGUACAUCGCAGAUAUUUUCAUGACUCUCAUUCAAUUUCCAAUAUUUGUUAGACACGUGCUAUGAGUUAUUUAUACCUACCGCAGUUUGAAAGCACACGUGGAAAAUUUAAAUUUACUUGUCGAAGUGGAUACAUUCAAUUAAAAUGGGCGUCGCGGUUUUUAGAGCGUCUUGGCCCUGGCCUCAUUGUUGACAAGUGAAUUGGGCUGUUAAAUUUAAUAUGUCAACAGCAUUAUGAUGGAUGAAAUUCGUGUCAUGUUUUAUGGAUGCGAUGGUAUGGUGUUGUGAACCUUGAAAGAAGGUGAGAGUGAUCUGUUAAAAAAACUAUGUGGAGCGCCGUGGCGCCAUGCGAUGUGGAGAGUCCGGCACCAUCAGCUCGUUCAAAGCACAGCGCUACCCUUGUUGGCCAACAUUUAUACUUGCUAGGUGGACGAAAUGGCAACUUGCCGCUGAAAGAUUUUUGGAAAUACAAUUUAGUGACUGGGAAAUGGCAGCAGCUAAAACCGUCAGGUGAUAAGUUACCUUGUCUGCAGGAACACUCCGCCGUAGUGCACAAGGAUAAUAUUUACGUUUUUGGGGGAGAGGUUGGAUUUUCGGCGGGAUCCGAGACCCCUCUUUGGAUGUAUGACAUAAAAAAUAACAACUGGAAAAAAAUAAGGACGCACAAGGGAGCGGUUACACCUAAGGGCAGAAGAGGACAUUCAGCUUUGGUUCACAAAGGAACAAUGUUAAUUUACGGCGGCUAUCAAGAUCUGAGAGGUUCGUGCAGCGAGCUUUGGGGAUAUCACUUUGAUUCCGGAUCGUGGCAUCUGAUCUCGUCGACAACAAAAUCAAAUCCCGAUCUAUGCCCGCCGCCACGUCACAAGCAUUCGGCGAUACUUCACGAGGAUGCGAUGUGGGUAUACGGAGGAAUGACCGAUUUGCAAGAGCGUUCCGAUUUAUGGAAGUGGGAUACGGUUUCGAGUACGUGGACGAAUUUUAAAGCUAAACAGCAUCCGGGACCUCUUCAUAGUCACGCUGCCUGCCAUUUACCGUCAUCCAUGAUUAUUUUUGGGGGAGAAAGAGAAGGCCACUCGACUAAUGAUUUAUGGAGGUUUAGUUUCACUACCGAGAUGUGGGAGAAAAUCGUAGUCAACGGCGUCAAGCCUCAACCACGGGCGGAGACGGUAGCGCUAACAGUUUCGCAACUGCUCUUGAAAGAGACCUUAUUUCAAUCGCUAGAAGCAGGUGCAGCAAGAACGAGGGCGCGCACUUGCAAUUCCGCCGAUAGGGGAGGCAGGCAUUCAUCUUACCUUCCGACUAACCGCGUAUCUCCCUUCGAAAAAACCUACGUAUUUAAGGCUUCCACGAAUAAUUACAUUGAUGGAAGCGAAACUCCAGCCCAACAGCAGUGCGAAAAUGGAAAUGGAAAUAAUAAAGGUGGAUUUUUGCAGGAAAUAUCAAAGCUCUCCAAUUUAAAUAUCUCUCGCUUGAAUAAUAAAUGCAGCUACACCGUUUUAGCUGGAUGCACUACGGAUAGCACGGAAAGCCUUUUAAGACAAUAUGCUUCUCCUCAAGGGAUCGAUAACGAUUUAGUAGAUAAUGAAAUUGCGACACCGACAAGGGGGACUUUAGUUAAAUCAAAAUCAGCAUACGUAAUCAAAAGGAGGGACAUGCGAGAUGUUUCACCAAUUGCAGAUAGUGAGAAAACAAAAGAUGUUUCACAAAAAAAUCAGCGACACGUCGAGUUUGUGGACGGCAUCAAAAAGAUUCCCAGAGAACCAAUUUCGGUACCAAAUUUUAGUGUGAUAACCUUACCUACCCCAGUUUUAACACCAGUAGAAGCAGCUCGAUUGGUGUUUCUAGAUUCUGACGAGGAAACUGACGCCGAUGAUAUUUUUAUACCCCCCGCCAUUAAUAACAUAACUCAAGUCAAGACUAAUAACUCCAAAGAUUUUACUAUUUAUUCCAACUUUAAAGUAGUAAAACGUGGCGAUAGCUACAACUCGCAUAUAGGCUACGCGGAUAAUCCUUUAUACCAACAUAUUGUUGGCUGCAACACCUUUCAGGACACAUCAGAAGUUGCCGAAGCAUCAAAUGAGAAUAUUUCGUCGACUUCAGACUAUGCCAGUAUAGAGACUGUGAACAGGUUGUCGUCUGCCAGUAGUUACAGUGCAAAGGUGACACCUCAGGAGGAGUUCUACGUGCCCAAAAAUGGAGAAGGACCCUUUGGUUUUUGCAACCCAAAUUAUUUAGGGCCCGACAUUAACGCUCUAAUUGCGGAGGAUUGCAUGCGAAAAAAAAACUUCUCCAAACUUUUAAACACGCCCGACAGCGUCUUGGACGACAGUGGUAACGGCGGGAAAAACAUAAACGACUGCGUGGAGUUGCAAAGUUAUGGAACUAUUGACAGGAACACAAAAGUUCGCUACUCCAAUUCCACUCGUAAUGCACCACCAACAAGUUUAGUUUUGGAUAGAAGCAGUAACCGAACAAAGCAGAUGAAAUAUAGAGCAAGUAGUGCCAGUCGUGCAGAAAAGAACUGUAACAAAACAGAACCAACGCAUUACGAAGAUCCUGGCCCAAUAAACGAUUACGUUCCUCUAUAUGUAUUUGUAAUUGGUGGCAAGGAACAGGGACAGGUAACCGUAUUUAAAAGGCCAUUAUCGAUCUGGCGAUUGAAAUUGUUUUAAACAAUUAUGUUUAACGAGCUGAAAUCCGUCUAAAAGAAAUCAAUAACAAAAUUGUGCCAAAGAAAAUUUUAUUAAGAUAACUUUGUAUUGUAGUAUUUCCGGUUUAGUACCCCAUUAGUGUUUUCCGUACCAUUGUAGGUAGUUUUAAAAGUGGCUGUAAUAAAACAAAAUCACGCAAUCAUCGCAAAAUCAAAAAAAACGCCAUAAUUUGUCUAGGGUAGCGAUAUACAAAAUUUAUUUAAAUAUAAGAAAUGUUGCCUUAGAAGUACUGACCCAAAUUCAUUUCUUCUAAACUUGAUGGGAACAUGAUCAUUUAACCAAGCUGAUGCAUCUCAUAUAUUAAAUUGUUCACAUAGUGGCCUUUGAUCGCAGUGUAUUUUAGGGUUGCUAUUGUUUAUUCAGUACUUAAAAGUGCAACAACUUUAUUUAUUGACCAAAUUCUUACUUCCACGGGGUCUUCAAAUGAAUUUAUGGCAAUAAGUUAAAUUUUUCGAACUUAUUUGCUGCGUUCCUGGAAAAAACUCUUAGUCAUUAAAUUUAAAGCAAAAUCACGUGACUACUGUACAAGGUGGUCCAAAUUGAACUUUUUCUUAUGGCAAAUCCCUUAUUUUACGGAAAUAUUUUAGGAAAAAAUGUACCUAGGUGCCUGGAACCUAAUCUAAAAGAAAAAAUCACUGUUCAAAUAGAAUUUAGCUAUCACUAAUCAUUUGCCCUUUACCUAGAGGGCGUUUCUGGAAUUUAGCCGAUUUCCUUAAUGCUCCAUAUAUAUCAUACUUAUUAUUAAAGAUAAUUGAUUUUGGCAAAAUCUUUCUUUGAGCACUUUUUUAUGUAGAAUCCAUUGCGAUACACAGUUUUUAUAGAAGGUGCCUGGUUUUUCUUAUACGAUCCUAAACUAUAUUUUUUCAUCUGGACCACCCUAUAUAUUUUGGAGUUUUUGGAAAGAGCGUAAAAUUUCCUAAAUUUUAAUGUAUCACUUAUUACAUUUAUAUUAAAUAUUAUUUGCAAUAUUGUAUUUUAUACAUUAACAUGUUUUUAUUGUAGGCGUCUAGGUUUCCAUGGCGAACAAAAGAUGGCGGGAUUGUUUGAAACAGCAAUUCCUUGGUUACCUGUAUUAUUUAUUUAUAUAUUACAUGACUUAUUUGUUUCAUUCAGAUGUGUUUUCACGUUCUUUGUUUGCAAUAAAAACAUUUUAAUGUAUAAAAUGCAAUAUUGCAAAUAAUAUUUAAUAUAAUUUUGUAUAAUUUUACGCUCUUUCAAAAACCCCAAAAUAUAUAUAGGGUGCUCCAUAUGAAAAACUGUAGUUUAGAGUCAUAUAAACCAAACACUCUGUAUAAAAACUUACUGGUAUCGCAAUGGAUUAAACCGACUAAAUUCCAGAAACGCCCUCUGUCGGCCAAACGAUUAGUAAUAGAGCUCAAUUCAGUUUGCGCCAGUAAUUUUCUGUUUAAAAUUGGGACCUUGGUCUAUUUCUUUCUUGUAUCUUAAAAUAAAAGAGUGUUUCCUUUCCAUAAGAAAGUUCGUCCAAUUUGGACCACCCUGUACAUUACAAUGCACGUUAUAUUUAUAUUUAUGAUAUUUUUGUGUUUUAAGAGUUUCGGACCUAUUUCAUAAUCCUGUGUGGAUAAACAAGUAUUAAUGUUAAACGACGAAAGCUUGCUUAAACCUGCUUUUUCAGUUAGGGGAUUACUUUGAACCGCCUUAAUCCUGUAGUAACUAAUCAAAAAUGUUUAAUUUUCUUUGGUCUGUGCAUUUAAUAUGAUAUGUAGACGAUCCAUAAUAUUUACUUAUCUUGCAAUACGCAACUAUUUAUUUUAAUAGGAUCUACCACGUACAGACUGCGUUUUUAUUAAAUUAUUGAAUUUCCCCUACCUACUAGAAAAAUGGAAUGUGCUGGGUUUUGUGAUAUCAAUUUAUCUGGAAUAACUUUAUAUAGGCAUAAUGGUAGAGUACAAGAAAAACAAGAAAUAAUUAGGUUUGUUAAAUGCUUCAAAGCAUUUACUUGCAAUUUGAGUCCUUACUUUGUUAAAAUAUCUUCCAUGGCUAGUAUUAAGUUGUAAGGGCGCGUGUGAAGGUUAGUGAUAAAUUAGUCCGUUAAAAUGUACCUAUAGGUAAAUAGUGCAAUUGGAAAAUCCAAGUGAAAGGGAAUGAAAAUAUAUUUAUAAAGAAGGUAGAUUUUGUAAACUUUUUAUUCGGCUUUAUAGCUACGUAGUGCUGCCAUAUUACGUUUUUUUUUAAAAACCAAGCUGAUGUCUUCACACAUUUAUUAUUAUCACACUAUCACUAGCGUCUCUCAAGAAACAAAACAUUUUGCCAUUAAAUGUCAAAAAUGAACAUUUAGUUAAAGCUGUCUUGUGAAGUUCAUUACGUACCUAUUCAAUGUAAUGUUCACUUACU